CCAGGCUCAUCAUAUUUGCGCUCUCGUGUUUCGUCAGUGAUGCACUAUCCCGUACCUCCCCCCCUACGAGGCAUGUCUUCUCCACACCAACCCACUCCUGCUUCCUCGCAUGAAUGUACCGCGCCGUCGUCUCUGCCCAGCUGAACAGGCUCCUUCCUUCGCCUCACGUCUGGUGUUGGUCCGGCCCACCGCAGCCGCCCGGCAGCUGUGCCCUCUGCUCCUGAAGGCAGUCCUCGCCAUGACCUCCCCUUCCUGCGUUAAAGCCGAAAUUCGCUAAAUGGGAUUCGUGGCUGGCCUGAGGUUUCCACAGCAACUGGCCAUCCACUUCCAUUAUUUCUCUAAUGAGGACAGCCAUACGGAUAUAACACUGUUCCUCGCUGCGCGUCUCUGAUUUUUGGGCUAAAUCUCAAGACGCGUCAAAGGUCUGCACAUGGGGGCGGGCAAGAGCAAGCCCAAGGAGCCGGGCCAGCGCUCCAUGAGCCUGGACGGCACCAUCGGCACAGGCUCAGACAGCGGGCACUUCCACCACCUGGGCCCUGCCCAGCAGACUCAAACCCCCAACAGGAGCCCUGCGGUGGGGACUGGCAGGCGGGGGCAUCAAGGGCAGCACCAGCAUGCCCCGACAAACACUCCUGAGCUGGCUCUGUUUGGAGGGGUGGACCACACAGGCACCAUCACAUCGCCUCAGAGAGGGCCUCUGUCAGGAGGUGUCACUACAUUUGUAGCGCUGUAUGACUAUGAGUCACGGACAGCGUCUGAUCUGACCUUUAGGAAAGGCGACAGGCUGCAGAUUGUCAACAACACGAAAAAGUACAGCUUCAGAGAAGGGGACUGGUGGCUCGCUCGCUCGCUAACGACCGGAGAGAGCGGAUACAUCCCAAGCAACUACGUGGCUCCUUCUGACUCCAUCCAAGCAGAAGAGUGGUAUUUUGGGAAGAUCACUCGGCGCGACUCGGAGAGGCUCCUUUUGAACUUACAGAACAGACGAGGAACCUUCCUGGUGAGAGAGAGCGAGACCACGAAAGGGGCAUACUGCCUGUCAGUGCUGGAUUACGACAACACCAAAGGCCUGAAUGUUAAACAUUACAAGAUCAGGAAGCUGGACAGUGGAGGUUUCUACAUCACCUCCCGUACUCAGUUCACCAGCCUGCAGCAGCUUGUCUUCCACUACCGCAAGCACUCUGAUGGGCUGUGCCACGCUCUGACAGAUGUGUGUCCUGUGGCCAAACCUCAGACGCAGGGACUGGCCAGAGACGCCUGGGAGAUCCCACGAGAGUCGCUUCGCCUUGACCUUAAACUGGGACAGGGCUGCUUUGGAGAAGUGUGGAUGGGUACGUGGAAUGGUACAACACGAGUGGCCAUUAAGACCCUAAAGCCUGGCACCAUGUCUCCAGAGGCUUUUCUUCAGGAAGCUCAGGUCAUGAAGAAGCUGAGGCACGAGAAGCUUGUUCAGCUGUACGCUGUCGUGUCUGAGGAACCAAUCUACAUCGUCACUGAAUAUAUGAGCCAAGGUAGUUUACUGGACUUCCUUAAAGGGGAAGCAGGAAAGAUGCUCCGUCUUCCUCAGCUUGUCGACAUGGCUGCUCAGAUUGCAGCGGGCAUGGCCUACGUUGAGAGGAUGAACUACGUCCACAGAGACCUGCGUGCUGCAAACAUCCUGGUGGGAGACAGUCUAGUGUGUAAAGUGGCCGACUUUGGUCUGGCAAGACUCAUUGAAGACAACGAGUACACUGCACGACAGGGAGCUAAGUUUCCAAUAAAAUGGACAGCACCUGAGGCGGCUCUGUACGGUCGAUUCACCAUCAAGUCAGAUGUCUGGUCUUUUGGUGUGCUGCUCACAGAGCUGGCAACUAAAGGCAGAGUCCCCUAUCCAGGUAUGGUAAACCGUGAGGUCCUCGACCAGGUGGAGCGUGGCUACAGGAUGCCCUGCCCGGCCGAGUGCCCCAGCUCCUUACACGAGCUCAUGCUCUCCUGCUGGAGGAAAGACCCAGAGGAGAGGCCCACCUUCGAGUACCUGCAGGGCUUCCUAGAGGACUACUUCACCUCCACAGAACCCCAGUAUCAGCCCGGGGAGAACCUAUAGAACCACACUAAACCAAACAUGGGGAGGGGGGAACCUCUACACAGAACAAUCUGCACUAACCGACCUCAGAGGAAAACUUUCGGGAGGAUCUGAGCCUGUGAAACCUGCCUGAGAGGAACUUCAGAUUUUUCUGUAGAAGUAAAACCGAGAUAGAAACUGUAAAAGCUCACGUGCCAUAAAGCAACCUCUACAGAAGAAGCUGGAGAACCUCCUUUCUGCAAGCACUCACUGUUUACUGACGUUUCCCUGCAGGAGUAAGGCACCAGGCUGUGAAGGAGAACUCCUACUCCACUCUGGCUUUGAUUGGUUGAGGAUUUACAAAUUUGCGGGUAAAUGUUUCUGAGAGGUGCGACUGCUGUGGGAGGAACCGAAUCAGGAUUUCAGACGAAUCGAGGGGAAAGAAAAAAAACCUCCUGAUGAAGAGAGAAGGUCAGGGGAGGAUAUUUCAAUCAGACUUGUACCAAACCCUCCCUCUUUCCCUCUUCUGUCGCGUGUCUUCACCCUCGUCUGGUACCUUCCUCCGCCCACACAAGAGCACCACCACUGUGGCUCAGGUGCCAAAGUAAAGCUCGUCUCUUCAAACGUUCUUUUAUGUCCCUUCUGCCUCUCUUCCUCUAGUUUUCUGCCCAACUCUCAGUAUCUCUCCCCGGUUUUUCUCAAGUGCUGCUUCUAUAAAAGUGUCUCCAAAAAACUCAGCUUUGGAACUCCUCUUUGCAUCUUAAUUUAUGUUUACUCGGACAAUAAGCAUCCUGUAAUUGAAGGGUUUUUUCAGUAGCAGACAAAGGUUUUCCUUAUAUUUUCUGUGACUAUGAGUAGAAGAGGUUGUUAGAACCAUAUCAAGGUAGUACUGAGGUAAACAUACUCACAAAGCAGAUUCUGUAACACUGAAAAUUAGGUGAAUUAAAUCAAAACUUGAGGCCUUUCUCUCUUGUUUAACCCUCCUCUUCUUUUUUUCUGGCUGUAUUUCUCAACAUACAACCAGCUGAACCUAGAUAAUUAAAAAUAAUUUGUGAUGCA